CAAGGCCACCUCUGCCUUUCCCACCGAGGAGCAGCCGACCGCCACAUCUGGCCGGCUGAGGUGAGAGAGGAGCAAGGGCGGCCGGCGUGGCGGGACUUUCCAAGGAAGUCCGGAAAAAAAACGCUCCGGUUCGUUCGAACCCGACGGGGCCGUUUCGGUCACCUCUCGCGCCACGUGCCCCCCAUCCCUUUUUUUUUUUUUUUUGCUUUCUUUCUUUCUUUUCUUCUUCCCCUUCCUUCCCUCCCCGCCUGAGCAAUUCCGAGGAUGAGGAGGGGGAAGGGAGGAAGCGAGAAAAGCGCUGCGGGUCUGGCUGCUUCCGAGCCGUCGCUUGUUGCGUGAAGCCGAGACAGGCGGAGGAGCCUUCGAAGAGCUACCUCCCCCUUCCCAAAGCGGCAGAAGCAGCGGAGGUCUCCCGCCAGGAACUAAGAUGAGAGAGCUGACAUUAAGAAUCGGAUACUUCAUGAGUUACUCUUUCUGAUGUGGAUAUGAAUUUCUUGUUGGAAAAACGUUGGACUCUAUAACUGCUGGACGGUGAUGAGUGAGUGUCUACAGGCAACAAGAUGCGAUUGCCACCACAGAUGGUUCUGAAGAGAAAUGAUGUUUGAAAGGACGGUCUUUUAAUAGUUCCUGUGUGGGGAUCAAAAUAGAAAAUUAUGAUAGCUACCGGGGGAGUCAUAACAGGACUGGCUGCCUUAAAAAGGCAAGAUUCUGCCAGGUCCCAACACCAUCUGAAUCGCACAACAUCACCAGCUCCUGAGCAACAGAAGCCAGCCAAGCGUCGGCCAAGGACAGAUGUGGUUGUAGUCCGAGGCAAAAUCCGGCUAUAUUCCCCAUCCGGAUUCUUCCUUGUCUUGGGAGUGCUGAUUUCUUUCCUGGGAAUUGCUAUGGCUAUUCUUGGUUACUGGCCCCCAAAAGACUCAUUCCUAGAGCCCGAAGACAGCUUGUCACUAAACGAGACUCAGUUAAUGGGAAAAGGAGACAGAUUCAUUAUGCGCUUCCUUGAGCAGCAUUUACAUUCCGAUAAAAUGAAAAUGCUGGGGCCUUUCACUAUGGGAAUUGGAAUAUUUAUUUUUAUUUGUGCAAAUGCCAUGCUCCAUGAAAACCGGGACAAGGAGACAAAAAUCAUACACAUGAGGGACAUCUAUUCCACUGUAAUUGACAUCCAUGCUCUGAGAAUCACUGAGCAAAGGCAGCUGCAUGGAGCCUACACCGGCUUAGCAGGAGAGAAUGAAGUCAAGCAUGGUGGAAGCUCUUGUGCAUCACGGCUGGCUGCAAAUACAAUUGCUCCUUUCUCGGGCUUUGCAAGCAAUUUCCACAUGGUUAGCAAUGAUGAAGAGGAUGAAUUUGCUGGAAAUGAGACCAAGAAAUCAAUCCCAAAUCUUAUGUCACCUUUGCUGAUGGAACACACUGCUUCAGUCUUUGGCCUUUACCCUCACUCUGGGAAAGGCAGGGAUGAAAGAAGCAGCGGCUCUCUGAAGUGCGAAACGAAAUCAAUUGUGUCAUCCUCCAUUAAUGCUUUCACAUUACCUGUAAUCAAACUGAAUAACUGUGUGAUUGAUGAGCCAAGUAUUGACAACAUCACUGAGGAUUCAUCAAGGAGUACAGACAGACCUAAAAAUUUGUCCAUGGAUUCUUUAGCUCUCCCAUUAAUGAAUACCAGCGAUAGCUACAGAUCUGCCAAUGCUUUGUUACCACGCAACAAUUUAUUUGGAGACUCUUCCUUCAGUCAGUUCAAAUCUUCAAUGACUCUCGGAGCCAGCACCGGACAGCUCUUAUCACCUGGUGCAGCCAGAAAACAGUUUGGGUCCAACACCUCUUUGCAUUUCUUGUCUGCACAUUCAAAGUCCCUAGACUUGGAUAGGGGUCCUUCUACUCUCACUGUCCAAGUGGAACAAAGAAAACAUCCAAGUUGGCCACGACUGGACCGGAGUAACAGCAAAGGUUAUAUGAAACUAGAAAACAAGGAAGACCCUAUGGACAGACUUCUCGUACCACCAACUACAGCGAAGGACUUCAGUAAUAAAGAAAAACUGUUGAUGAUUUCCAGAUCUCACAAUAAUUUGAGUUUUGAGCAUGAUGAAUUUUUGAGUAACAAUUUAAAGCGUGGAACUUCAGAAACAAGAUUUUGAUGGUCAGAUGAUGACGGUUAAUAUAUUUGACAGUAUUUAUUUUAUAAAAUAAACAUUUUAAACCUUCCCUUUCAUUCCUUUUCAGUGCAACCUUGUUUUUAUUGAAUAUUUCUUUCCGAUUAAAAUUGACUUGUGUUUGCAAAUACCUAUGUUUCUCAGAA